AUGGCGCCCGGCCAGUCCUUCCAGAGCGCCUGGACGCAAUUCUUCCCUCCCAAGCCGGCAUUCACCGACAGAGAUGUUCCAUCCGAUCUGGGUGGAAAGGUCUACCUAGUCACGGGCGCAAACAGUGGCAUGGGCAAGGAGCUUGCCCGUGUGCUGUACGCCAAGCACGCAAAGGUCUACGUCGCCUGUCGUUCCGAGGAAAAAGCCACCAAGGCCAUCGCAGCCAUCAAGAAGGCCGCUCCAAAGUCAAGGGGCCAGCUCGUUUUCAUCUCGCUGGACCUGGCCGACUUGACCAAAGUCAAAGCAGCCGCCGAGAGCUUCCUCGCUCAGGAAUCUAAGCUGCACGUACUCUUCAACAAUGCCGGUGUCAUGGUUGGGCCAGCCGACCCGAUACCCAAGACAGUCCAGGGAUACGAACUGGCCUUGGGCGUCAACUGCGUCGGCACCUUUCUGCUCACCAAGCUCUUGACUCCGACGUUGGUCGCGACGGCCAAGACGGAGCCCGCCAACACGGUCCGCGUUGUGUGGCUUUCGUCGUUUGGACUCGGGCAGUUUGCCCCGCAGGACCGCGGCAUUGACAUGGAUAAUCUCGACUACCACGUCGAGAAACCGCAUGUGGACAGGUAUGGCAUCAGCAAGUGCGGCGACUGGUUGCUGGGCGUUGAGUUUGCGCGGCGGCACAAGAAGGACGGCAUUGUCAGCGUGCCUAUCAACCCGGGCAAUGUGCGGACCGCACUUGCGAGGGACCAGACCAUAGGGCUGAAGGUCGUUGCACACGCCAUUGUGUAUCCCAUUAUCAACGGGGUGUACACCCAGCUGUUUGCGGCAUUGGACGAAGGACUGGAAUUCGCUCCGCUUCGCCCGGAUCUGCCCAAGGCAACCAAGCCGGAGGAGGAAGGUGGGAAUGGGAAUACGCAGGCCUUUUGGAAUUGGAACGAGGAGCAGGUCAAAGCUUACCUCUGA